AGGAGAGAAAUUUAGGGUGACAGGAUUCCAGGAAACCUAGAUAUAGGGCCAUUGAAUAGUGGAUGUGUAUAGACGUUACACAGUAAGGAUAUCUAUCACACCCUGACAUCUCUGAUGCAGGAGAGCCAUGAUCUCUUCCUAUAGAAGAACUGAUAGAGCUGGUAGUGUUAUUGAUACAAUGGAUGCCGGGGAUGGUGUCAGCACAUAGGUUGGCUCCCAGUCUCCAGUGUGUGUUGUCCUCAGUGCGGAUCUCUCCGCCCCUCUCCUCCGCUCUCCUCUCUUCUCCUCUCCUCUCCCCCUCCCGGCAGUGUCGGGGCUGCUCUGCCAUCUCCCCAUCGCUGCGCUCUGUCUCCAGCACCGUCUGGAAUUGUCGUCCUGCUGCACCGAGUGACUGGAGGGUGACUGGAGGGUGUCAUUGCCAUCCGGCCGGGGACCCCGUCAUGAUAAGCCGCUGCUCCUCUCUUUACAUCUCCGAGUGCCGCCUGCCUCUAUAGACAUGGUGGGGGGAGAGCCGCACAGACCGGGCUGCUGCUGGACACUUUGGGAUUGCAUUUGCUCCUUGCUCUUACCGUCUCUUCUACUAAUAAUAGCUCGGCCGGGGAAACUUGCAGCUUUUCCUACCUCCCUCAGUGAUUGCCAAACCCCGACAGGCUGGAACUGUUCUGGAUUUGAUGACAGAGAAAAUGAUCUUUUUCUAUGUGACACCAAUACCUGUAAAUUUGACGGAGAGUGUUUAAGAAUCGGAGACAGUGUGACAUGUGAUUGUCAGUUCAAGUGCCCCCAUGAUUACAUACCAGUCUGUGGAUCCAAUGGUGUAACUUUCCGAAACGAGUGCUACCUAAGAGGAGCAGCCUGCAAGCAGCAAAGUGAAAUACUUGUUGUAGCUGAAGGUUCAUGUGUGGCAGAGGGAGGCUCGGGCUCAGGCGAUGGAGCCAAUGAAGGGUCUGGGGAGACCAGUCAAAAGGAGACAUCAACCUGUGAUAUUUGUCAGUUUGGAGCAGAGUGUGAUGAAGAUGCUGAGGAUGUCUGGUGUGUGUGCAACAUCGACUGUUCCCACAUCAGUUUCAAUCCAGUUUGUGCUUCUGAUGGGAAAUCUUAUGAUAAUCCUUGUCAGAUCAAAGAGGCAUCAUGCCAGAAACAGGAGAAAAUUGAAGUCAAGUAUUUGGGGCGAUGUCAAGAAAAUACAACAGCAACUACGAAAUCAGAGGACAGCCAUUAUGCAAGAACAGACUAUGCAGAAAAUGCAAACAAAUUAGAAGAAAGAGGAGUGCAUAUUUCCUGUUCUGAUGCCUAUGACGGCUAUUGUAAACACGGCAAAUGUGAACAUUCUACUAACAUGUUGGAACCAUACUGCAGAUGUGAUGCAGGAUAUAGUGGUUCAAAAUGUGAAAAAAAGGACUUUAAUGUGUUAUACGUGGUCCCAGGCCCCGUACGCUUCCAGUAUGUCUUAAUAGCAGCAGUGAUUGGAACCAUUCAGAUCGCCAUUAUCUGUGUUGUAAUCCUUUGCAUUACAAGAAAAUGUCCAAGAAGCAAUCGGAUCCACAGGCAAAAACAAACCACGGGCCACUACAGUUCAGAUAACACAACAAGGGCAUCAACGCGGUUAAUUUAAAGCACGCAUGUUUCCACAAUGGCAAAAAUACCAGAAGAGAACAUGGACUAGAUAAAUAUUAGUCAAUAAAUGGACAAACGACCUGCACAUGUUGCCUUGAAUUUGUGGUAAUCUACACCAAUGAAAACAUGUACUACAGAUAUAUUUGAAUAUGUAUGGAUAUAUUUGAAAUAGUAUACAUUGUCUUGAUGUUUUUCUGUAAUGUAAAUAAACUAUUUAUAUCACAUUA